UUAGUUUGUAUUAACUAAUGAUAAUUUAUUCCUUUUUUGUUAUUUUAUCACGCAUGUCCAAUUUCUGUUUUUUUUAUGUGCUGAGCAUGAUGGGAAAUAGAGGUAACGCAUGGGAAUUUUGAGUCAUAAACAAAGAUCCAUAUUAUGUUUUUGAAGUUGUAUUAUAAGUUGCAGUUUUAUUUUCUUGUUGUUUUGGGAUGCUAGAAUUGUAUUUAGCAUCUUUAGAAGCAGAUAAGCAUAUUCCCAAAAAAGAGAUCUUCUGUUCUAAGUGGAAAACAGGGAUAACACUUCACGCUCACCAGAUGAGGCAAUGUUGUCGAAAUAAAUCAUAAACCAUUAUGACAAGCCGUAUUAUUUCUGGUGACCCGUGAAACAUUUCGACAACACUCAGGAUGGGGCUCAGCGACGAGGAGCCUCAGCACGGCAGCAUGGAGGGCUCUGCUGCUUCGGUAGACGGUUGGAUGAAGAAUCAGUCAAAAAGGGCUAAGCAGCAUAGAGGAACUGCCAAAGCAAAGUUAACACGUAAGCUAGAAAAGUUUUAUGAGCAUGUGAAAGAUAAAGUUGCCUUAGAAAUAUUGGAAGAUAACUAUAAUUUGAUUGUUAAAGCUUUUGAGGAAGUUGAACUAGCAAAUGAAAGUUAUUGCAAUUUACUUGAUGAAACUAGUGAUACUCAAGAAUUAAAGUCUGCAGACAUUUACAUUAAGGAACUUGACGAUAAGAAAUGUGCUGCCCAUGUUUUGUUUGUAAAGAUUAAAGAUGAGAUGCAAAUGAAAGGGGCCAUCAAAGUAAAAUCUAUUGACAUUCCAAAGUUUGAUGGAAAAAUCAGAGACUAUAGUAAUUUUAAAAGGGAUUAUGUCAGACUUAUGCAACCCAACUAUGGAAAAGACCCAUUUGCUCUUAGACAGUGUCUCUCAGGAGAAGCCUUAGACUCUAUUUGUGGGGUCGAGCAUGAUUUUGAUAAAAUGUUUGCACGGUUAGAUGACAUGUACAGUGAUAGUCGACGAGUAAUUGAUGUAGUAAUUGAAGAUUUGAGAGAAAUUGAACCUGUAGUCGAGGGUGAUAGUUUAGGUUUUAUCAGAAUGGUAGACAAAAUUGAGCAAAAUUUUCUUUAUCUAGAUCAGUUGGGUCUAUCUUCAGAACUUAAUACUGCCAAUAUGACAAGUCAGAUAGAGAAACUCUUGCCUCCAACUCAGAAGCGGGAAUGGAUCAAAAUAGCAGAAAAUGUUGAACCUGUUGAAUUAUUUAAAAAACUACUGGAAUACCUUUUGGGUGAAAGGAAAUCCCUUAAGUAUCUGAUUGCCAGUGUAAGGAACCCUGUUAACACUAAAGCUAGAGUGAACUAUGCUGUGUACAAUCAAGAUAGGAUUAGCUCUGACCAUACUGAAGAAUCAGAAAUAAUGAAGAGGCUGUCUGAUGUUGAGAAGGCUGUAACAAAUAUAAAUAACCUUGUGAUCAAGCUUACAGAAGAAAAGAGUGAAGAAAAGAGGUCUAUUGGUACUCUAAGUACACAUUUGAACAGGUGUUGGUAUCAUGGAACAGAUGGACAUGAUAUUUUAGACUGUGCAACAUUUCAGAAGUUAAACAAUAGUGAGAAAUUUGAAAUUCUAAGGAAAAGAGGUAUCUGUUUUAAUUGUCUAAAGGGAAAUCAUGUAUCUAGGAGAUGUUUUAAAAAAUCAAGAUGUUCUGCAACUGAUGCAAAUAAUCAAACUUGUGGGAAGCUCCAUCACACGAGCCUUCAUGAAAAUCAGAUUGUUGGGAGUUCAUACGUCAGCUUGAAAAGAAAUGGAGUCAUGUUCAUGGUCAAUAAGAUUAAAUGUAAUAAUCAAGUAUUAAAUACACUCUUUGAUUCUGGGGCUGACGUGACAAUGAUACGAAAUGAUAUGGCAGCCUCAUUAGGAUUGAAAGGCAAGCAUAUACGCUUAGCUGUGACUAAACUAGGAAACCAGACUGUAACAUAUAACAGUAAGGAAUAUGACCUUGUUCUUACUGAUAAACAGGGGAAUAAUGUGAAUAUUACUGCUUAUGGUAUAGAUGAAAUAACAUCAUGUAUAAACAAGGUUAAUCUGUCACAUGUGAAGCAUUUAUUUAAGAGUACUGAUGUAUGCCAAUUGGAUAGACCUCAUGGUAAGAUAGAUUUACUGAUAGGUGCUGACUAUUGCUCUCUAAUCCCUACAGUUAAAGAAACUGUAGGUGAAAAUUUACAACUUAUGGAAUCUCGAUUUGGGAUGUGUGUUCGUGGUAGUCACCCUAGUAUAGCUUGUGCCUCAGGUACUAGGGAUAUUGUAGGCAUCAGAAUAAACCAUAUUUCUGGGAUUAUAUAUGACAAAGAUAUAACUGUUGAACCGAAAUCUGAUAUUAAGGAUCAGAUUGAUAAAUUUUUCACAGUGGAAUAUUUAGGAACAGAAUGUAAUCCUAGAUGUGGUGAUUGCAAAUGUGGCAAAUGUGCAGUGGGUAACAAUGACUAUAGUAUUAGAGGAGAGAGAGAGUUAGCCUUAAUUGAAAAAGGAUUACAAUAUGAUUCAGAAAAAAAACAAUGGUCCGCUAAAUUCCCAUGGGUUAAAGACCCUAAUUUAUUACAGAAUAAUAUCUCUGUUGCUGUUGCCAAAUUAAGGAGUACUGAGAAGAGAUUGCUGAAACUUGGACCAGAAUAUGCUAAAGCUUAUAACAACCAAAUAAGGGAUAUGAUCAAACGUGAUGUUGCACGUAAAUUAACACCAGAUGAAAUAAAAGGUUAUGCUGGUCCUAUUACAUAUCUUCAACAUCAUGAAGUGCUAAAGCCAGGAUCUACAUCCACACCAAUUAGGAUUGUCUUUAAUUCCUCUGCCAAAUUCAUGGGACAAUCUCUAAAUAGCUUUUGGGCCAAGGGUCCUGAUGUUUUGAAUUCCAUGGUGGGCAUAUUACUGAGAUUCCGUGAAGGAGCCAUAGGUAUAGCAGGUGAUAUAAGUAAGAUGUACAACAGUAUUAAGCUUCCUGAAAUGGAGCAACAUGUACGCAGAUUUGUUUGGAGAGAUUUCCAGUUGAAUUGUGAGCCUGAGCAUUAUGUGUUAACUUCAAUGGGCUUUGGUGACAAACCUUCUGGAAUAAUUGCUAUGUUGGCUCUUAAACACACAGCUGAGCUAUGGAUGGAAAAGUAUCCCGAUGCUGCUUCUAUGAUAAUAUCAAAUUCUUAUGUUGAUGAUAUUAUACAAUCAGUUGAGAGUAAAGAGGAAAGCUUUGCAGUUGAUUCAGGAAACUGA